UAUACAAGGUUGGCUCUGCUGUCAAAUUUGACGGAUCUGAUGAUGCACUAUCGAUCCACAUGUAUCUCACAGGGAGAUCGGUAGUCUUGCGAUUGACACUCUUCAUGACGGACUCGGAACCCUCCUGUGGCAAAGCCGAAUGCUGAAUGAGUGUCAGAGGAUCGCGCUUAACGCCGAGCGCCGGUGAUGAUGGCAGGCCCCAGGUCGCCUCUCUGCAACUCUCGUGCGAGCCGACGACCAAGCGAAACUGGUUUGAGGAUUCCGCCUGGUGCUGUUCGCAACGCGAGCAAGGCCAUCAGAAAGGGCGGAGAUACGGAAUAAGCAGCACGUGCAAGGGACAUGCGGCUAGUCCGCUGCUUCUCGCCUUCGCUGUCAGAGAAAUGUAUGCACGACACUGCGUCCUUUGGCGAUUCUCCCACCUGCGGCGCAUCCCUCUUAACUUUUCCGGUCGCUCUGCGCGGCCCAGACGGCCCAAGUCGCCAUGGCAUUCGCAUCAGCGCAAUUUCGACCCUAUCGUGGCCAGCUCAUUCCCCUCCCGUCGGCUCUGUUUCUACGGCGUGUCAUGAUCAACUUCAUUAACGCUCAUAUGUGAGCUAUCCCGAAGACGUCCAACGUAAGUAGCGCGAGCCCAGAUUCCGAAGAUAUAAAUGCCGUCGCCGUUCGACUAGCCCGAAACACAGCGUUCCUUAUCCUUGGGCUUCUUCCACCAUCCUCAGCCGUUGGCGUCUGGACUUUCUGAUUCCUUCAUAACCG